GGCCCCGCCGGCCCCGCCGGCCCCCUGGGCCCGCCGCGAUCCCAUUCAUCCCUUGGACCGCCCUCCUUCCCUUCGGUCCCCUUGGAGGCCUUCCUGCAGGCCUGGGCCUCCGAAGAGUGGCCUCAAUUCCCAGAGCUCAGAUGGCCACUUGGAUAAGAGACCCUCCACUUAUGCUGUGAGCUUCUUGAAGGGCACGUGCACAUGUGGCAUCCGUAUGUCCAGCCGCGAUGCCAUUACGCGUUCCGAUAGCUCGACUGGAGGCAUCUCUCAGGUACAUUCACCUGGUGCUGUGGAAGAACUCUGGAAGAGAAGACGUCCCAGCUCGUCACCCUCCUCCAGCCCCUCCUCGUGCUGCCUGCAGACAGCAGAGAGACCGCCAAGGAAAACGAGAGGAGAGGAGCUUUCUCCUCAUUCUGGCUCCUCAGCUCCCUCCGUAGGAGACAAGCAGUCCCAGGGAGAACAGGGUACAACCACAUCUGGGAAGCAGAACUGGGAUUCUCCACCUACGCCCAGCAGCUCCCGGCUGCGCAGACGCAGGUUUCCCCUGGUGCCCUCCAGGCGAGGGAUCCCGCUAAUCUUGCCUCCAGCUCCCGUGCUCGCUGGCCCGAUCACACGCGAAGAGUAUCACCGGGAGGAGAAAGCUCGGUUGGAGAAGUGGCUGAAGAGGAUCUUCCAGGAUGAGGCUGAAACUGCCUCAAACUCGGAGAGUGGGGACCCACCUGCCCCUCCACCUUCUCCUCCGAGUGUCACCGUGCCUGCUGCUGAGACUGCUGCUCCCGCAGCCUCCCUCCCAGCCACAGCGACUCACGUGCUGCUGAGGCACUUGGAGCAGUUGGCAGACUUCCUGUGCCUACCAUCUUUCCCAGGAUCAAGAUCCCUGGGAGCCCGACAGAAAACGCAGGUGUAUAGCAUAGAUAACCACAUCAGCAGGAAGUAGCCUAUGCCCCUUGCCCUCACCUGGACCCCUCACCUGGAUGUACACUUCGGCUCCUGCUGGGAAGAGCCUCUGACCUCUUCCAUAAGGCAAACUGACUGCAGCAGAUCUCUGGCUUCAGCCUGCAGGGAGGGAGGGGCAGCCCUGGAGUCCACUGCCUUCUCCUGGAGGAAGCAGAGCCUCAGGCUUUCUGCAGGAGGGGAGGCCGGAUGUGGCAGAGCAGAGCCUGAUUGGUACCUUGCUUUACCUGUAUGGUUCCACUGGUGAGGCUGGACAGAAUCAAGAAACAUCUGGACCACCAGCUGAAAAGAUGGAGGCGUGAGAGGUGAAACAGAAGCUUCCUCCUAAAACCGCAUAUAAUACGAAAAUAUAACUAAUACAACUAAUCCUCAAAGAGCAGCAGGAAAGAGGACUGCUCCAAGCUGCAUACACCUGGAGAAAAGAAUAAAUCUCACAGAACAGGGUAACGUACCAAAGCCGUGACCUGGCGGGACCCAGGCCCUUCCCUCACCCCAGCUCUCUGAUGGGAGGAAGAGAAAUGGAGCAGGGAGAUAGUGGAGGCCUGGGCCUGCUGAACACCUAACUCCGGAGAUCUGCUCUGGGAGCACAAACCUACAUUUCAUGGUGUUUUCAUGGUACUCUUGUGAUUAGGGGGUUGGAAAGCUAAGACAGGCAGAAUUCCUGGAGAGACUGAGAUUCCAGCCACUUGUGGAAAGCAGGGAUCCAUAUCCGGCAGCUCCAGGACAAAAGAAAGGUGGGCAGUCUGAGAGACUUCCAAACAGCAAGAGGGCUGCUAAAGGGCCAAGGAUUGCAGAGCUCACUGCUCAGAAGAAAGGAGAGGCAGACAAAAUUGUCUGGGGUACCUCUGCCCAGCAGGUUGGGAACUUUCACGAUCUUCAGGAGCUCCAGUCCCCUGGCUGACUGCACAGCUGCAAGGACCCCCUCCGUGAUAAGCAGCCUACUGCGCCUUUCUCCCGCCAGCUCCACCUGGCUCCCAAACUGGCAAACUGGACCCUGGCAUUAAGCCGACCAGAGGGAAGCCCUGUCUACAGCAACUACAAACACAAAGCAUAGAGGCUUAUACCUGUGUGCUUGGCCCACUGGUUCAGGCAGUGGAGACAGGCAUAGCAGCUGGGAAGCAGGAAACAGCUCUUUCCUCCCCCCAGGCACCAACACCGCUCCCCUGUGACCCCCGACAUUGCUUCAGGGGCUGAGCAGCUCCAGUGAGUAGAGCUUCUGGGCACUAGAGGGCGCCAUAUACAAAUAUGAAAUGCCAAAGGAACCUGGUUCAGAGUAAAAUUAUGAAUAUGAAUACAAUCCCUGAGAAAGAUUAAAAUGAAAUCGACCUCAUGAAUCUGCCUGAAAGGGAUUUCAAAAUAAAAAUCAUUAACAUGCUCAUGGAGGUACAGAAAAAUAUUCAAGAACUCAGGGAGGAAUUCUGGUUGGAGAUCCAAUCAUUAUGGAACACUAUAUCAAACAUGAAACAUACAAUGGAAAGUUUUAAAAGCAUAUUAUAUAUGGUGGAGGAGACAAUAAAUGAAAUGGAAAUUAGAGAAGAGGAAUACAAAGAAGUUGAGGUAGAGAGAGAAAAAAGGGUCUCUAAGAAUGAAAGAAUAUUGAGAGAACUGUGUGACCAAUCCAAAUAGAACAAUAUUCACAUUAUAGGGGUUCCAGAAGAAGAAGAAGAGAGAAAAAGGGAUAGAAAGUGUCUUUGAGGAGGUCAUGGCUGUAUACUUCCCCAAUCUGGGGGAGGAGAGAGUCUCUCAGGCCGUGGAGCUGCACACAGGGAGGUUAAGUAACUCGCCCAAGAUCACCCGGCUGGUCAGCACAGCCCCAGGCCUGCCGCUGCCUCUUUCCUGACCAGGAACCAUUUGCACAUAACAGCACGACAUGUAUGGGUGACUCCAGUGAUGCCUUUAAAUCCUUUACAUAUGUCAACUAUACUUCAAUUAAAAAAGUUUAUUUUUAAAUCCUUUAUGAUUGUGAACACACACGUAGGUAGAUUCAUAGAAUAGGAGCAGGCAGGACACACACAGUGGCACCAGUGGAUAUGCGGUGCUUGGACUGAAGGCUGAAGUUAAUUCUUACACUUGCAGUAUGAUCACGUUCACCAACAUGGGGCAUAAGAACAGACACAGGCCCGUAUGGUGAGCACCUACUGUAUGCCAGGUGCUGAGCCAGAGGCAGCAUGUUCCUGCAGGAGCGCCCACAGGAGCCAUCUCAUUCACUCCCCACCUUAACCCUGUGCAAUGCCCCUGUUUUUCCCAAGGAAGGGAAGCUCCAAGAGGCAGAGGGAUGGCACCAAGAUGGAAAGGCACGUCCACCUGUCUCCAGCACCUGCCUCACUAUGCAAAGACCACCCAUCUGGGAGGCUGAGAGCUGGGAGCCAGUUCCAGGCCCCCCACUGCCUGGCUGCCCGACUUGAGUACGUCCUACACGCAGGCCAAAUCCACCCUGAAAGCAACUGCUCCCAGACCCUUCCUGCCCACCGAGCCCCUCUCCUCCUGGUGCCCACCUCCUAAAAGGGGGAAGAGGGUGUGCGAGCGGGAGGACCUGGGGUGUUGUGGUUUAAAAUCACAGCUCUGGAGUCCCCGCUGCGUGGAUGAGAGCCCGGGCUCUGCUGCUUCCUGGCCACAGACCUCGGGGCCACCCCCUCUGCUGGUCCAGCUUCAGUGUAGUGGAGGUACAAUGGGAAUAAUGUGCACUACUGGGAAGUAAGUGAAACAACGUAUGUAAAAACUUAGGGCGGCAAACCCGCAGUGAAUGGUCGCUGUCAGCAUCGUCAGAAUAAAUAUCGUCAUUAUUAUUAUUA